ACACAAUACACGCGCGUGCCGUGCAUGAUAAUAUUAUAAUAAAUAAAAUAAUAAAAUCAAUUUUAUUUUGUCAAUUCAAAGGAGCAAUCCAUGAAAAUAUUAAAACAUUAAAAACAAAUUUUCACAAAUAAUAAAUAUCACGUCAUGGGUAAGAAAUACAGCAAACCAAAAGACCAACACAGAUCAUCCUUCAACCCGGAUGAUACCCUCGAGGGUGAGACAAUCAACAUCACUCCGAGACAUUCCCCAGUCCAAGAUGGCCGCUCAACGGCUAGUCGGCCUUUGUACCCAAAAUCAAAAAGUAAAGCUUUUCACUUUCGACGUGCCAGCAAGAAAGCCACUGCGAAAACCAUGGAUAUCUACCGACAGGAAAUCUCCACCAAUGACCAUAAAUUAUCCUUAGAGGAACUGGAAUUCAAAUACCGCACGAGUUUAACCGAGGGAUUACCACGUGAACUAGCCGCACGCAUGUUAGUAAAAUACGGGCGGAAUGAACUGGAAGCAGUUGCAACUCGUUCAAUGUUUUUGGUAUUCCUGAAUUACAUGUUCGGAGGGUUCGCUGCUAUCCUCUGGGGAAGUCUAGCAUUGAGUGUGAUAGCAUUCUCCAUCAACUACACCAUCCACCCUGAUCAACUAGACGAGAUGUACCUAUCUAUAGUAUUAUUCGUGAUCCUGGUAGGCACAGGUGUCUUUGGUUUUAUCCAAGAAUACAAAAACAGUAAACUCAUCGAUAGCUUCAAAAAGAUGGUCCCUAAAACCGCUACGGUGAUCAGAGGAGGUGUGCUAUCCAAUGUAAGCGUAGAGGAGAUAGUCCCCGGGGAUUUAAUCAGAUUGGAAGGAGGAGAUGUGGUCCCAGCUGAUCUCAGAAUAAUAGAAAGUCAUAGCCUGAAGGUAGACAACAGUUCUAUCACAGGAGAAAGUGAACCCCAGACGAGAUGUGUCAAUGCAACCGAUGACAACCCUUUGGAAACUGGUAACCUAGCGUUUUUCAGUACCAAUGUCAUCGAGGGAGGUGGUAAGGGUAUAGUUAUCGCCACGGGGCAAGCUACCCUAAUCGGACACAUCGCUACCUUAACUUCCGGAUUAGCUCCGGAGAGCACUCCAAUGAAACAGGAAGUGAAGAGAUUCAUCAAGUUUAUUACUAUCUACGCCAUAUGUGUUUCUUCUCUAGUGACUAUUCUGGGGUUGUCAAUGGGAAAAGAGGGUUUUGAAAUGUUUAUAUAUUUCAUAGGUCUCCUAGUAGCUAAUAUCCCAGAAGCCCUUCUGGUAACAAUCACUGCUUGUUUAACCCUGAUGGCGAAACGAAUGAGUAAUAAAAACUGCAUGGUUAGAAACAUGCACGCUGUUGAGACCCUAGGUCAAACGAAUGUAAUCUGCUCGGAUAAAACAGGAACCCUUACUCAGAACCGGAUGACCGUAUCACAUAUGUAUUAUGAUAACAAUAUAUUUGAUGUGUUAUCACCUACAUAUGUAAAUGGUACGACUUAUAAUUAUCUAUACCUCUGCCGAUGUGCGAUAUUAUGCAGUAGGGCUACCUUUAAAGAAGCCCAGAGGACCAUACCUGUGAUGCAAAGGGCUGUCCUGGGAGAUGCUAGUGAAACCGCUGUUUUGAAAUGCAUGGAACUCUUAACCCGCAACACAAAAAAGACCAGGAAAGAAUUCCCGAAAAUCUUUGAGAUACCCUUCAACUCCGCGAAUAAAUACCAACUAUCAAUCCAUAAACGACCCAAUGAUGAUUAUCUCCUUUUGGUCCUCAAAGGAGCCCCUGAAAGGGUUAUAGAUAGAUGUUCAAGUGUGAUGAUAGAAGAACACGAGUUACCCCUACUGGAUUCCGAACGUAAGAGACUAGUAAACAUCCUCAUGGAGUUGGGAUACAUGGGAGAAAGGGUCCUGGCUUUUGCCGACCUGAAACUCCCCUCGGAAUAUACAGCAGAUUAUGAAUUCUCUGACAUGAUCAACUUCCCUGUUACGGGUUUACGUUUUGUAGGGUUCAUGUCCCUCAUAGACCCACCUAGACCUGGUGUGCGGGAAGCUGUAGCAAAAUGCAAACGAGCUGGAAUCAGCGUAGUGAUGGUCACAGGUGACCACCCAGUAACAGCCAUGUCCAUCGCGAGGAAAGUAGGUAUAAUCUCUCCGGAAAAUGACACUGUACAAGACAUAGCAAAACGAAGAAAGAUUUCUGUAAGUCAGGUGAUACCCCAAGAGGUGCAAGCUUGUAAAGCUUGUGUUAUACCAGGGUAUGAUAUGCGGAAGAUGACCGCUGGGGAAUUGGAUGAGAUUGUUCAGAGGUAUGAGGAGUUGGUCUUUGCUCGCACCAGCCCACAACAAAAACUACAAAUUGUAGAAGCCUAUCAAAAAACAGGAAAAAUUGUAGCUGUAACCGGAGAUGGUGUGAAUGAUUCCCCAGCUUUGAAGAAGGCUGAUAUAGGUAUAGCCAUGGGUAUCUGUGGAUCGGAUGUAUCAAAAGAUGCUGCGGAUCUUGUUCUAUUGGAUGAUAACUUUGCUUCUAUUGUUAUGGGUAUAGAAGAAGGUAGGAUCAUCUAUGAUAACCUCAAAAAGUCUAUCGCCUAUAUCCUAACCUCAAACAUACCGGAAGUGGUACCUUUCGUGAUUUAUCUUAUGUUGGGGACACCUAGAAUCAUCACGGUCAUAGCAGUGUUGAUCCUGGAUGUGGGUACGGACCUCUGGCCAGGGAUAAGCCUCGCCUAUGAACCCGCAGAGAGUGAUAUCAUGGACAGACCUCCUCGGGACCCUAAAUUUGAUAACCUCGUUGGAAUGAAACUGAUUCUCUUCUGUUACCUGAAUAUUGGUACUCUACAAACGUUUGGGAGUCUGGCAUCGUAUUUUUUCACCAUGGCAGAAUAUGGGUUUCUCUGGGACAGGUUGAUAAAUAUCCAGGAUGAAUGGUAUUCAGAAUCUAAUGCUAUUUAUGAUUCGUACAAUGUGGAAUGGACGCAUGAGGAUCGCAUGACUUUGGAACGCAUGGGUGUUUCGGCGUACUUUUUGGCGCUGGUGGUUACACAGAUUUCGGAUUGUCUUAUCAGUAAGACGAGGCGAUUGUCACUGGCCCAGCAUGGGUUUACUAAUGGAGUGAUGAUCAAAGGAUUGUUGUUUGAGGUGUUGUUGUCAGCGUUUGUGGUUUAUUGCCCCUAUAUUAAUGUCAAGCUGGGUUUUCAUCCGGUUAACUGUUAUGUGGUCAUGUGCCCGGUGCUGCCGUUUGCUGUGCUGAUUUUUAUCUAUGAUGAAAUUCGGAAGUAUAUCAUUCGACAGAAUCCGGAUGGAUGGUUUUAUCGGAAUACUUAUUAUUGAAGAAGAAAAAAUGAAGAAUUUUGUGUUUUUGUCAAAUUUGGCAACAGAAAACACUCUGUAUCUCGUGAUAGAAGAGAGUAAUUUGGGGUUUUUCAACGGUGGAAUAUAAUAGAAGAGACCCAUUUCAAUAUCAGCACCCUUUAGACUAUUUAGGUAUUUGGAAGAGCCCUAAAAUGCCCUGGAAAACUGUUUUUUCGUCAAAAUUUUACAACUUCAGAAGAAAACACCUUGUAUGUCUGGUAAAAAUUGGACAAUUUCGGGUCUGUCAACGGGAUAUAAUAGUUUUCGAACCCUUCUAGAAGAUGGGCAAAGUUCCCACCUUUUAAACCCUUGGGAAGUACCUUUAAAUUAUCAAAAAUGAACAAUUAGGCAAAUUUUACCAAGUUUUGCAUGGAAAACACCCGGUAUCUUCGGUAUAAAUAGGACAAUUUUAAGUCUGUCAACGCAAUAUUAUAAUUCUCGAGCCGCCCUACAAGAUGCCCAAACUUCCCACCUUUUAAACCCUUGGGAAGUACCUUUAAAUGGACAAAAAUAGACAAUUUUUGCAAAUUUCACCAAAUUUGCGUAGAAAACUCCCCGUAACUUAGGUAAAAAUACGAAAAUUUGAAAUCUGUAAACGGUAUAUAGUAAUUUCCGAGGUUCUCUACAAUAUCCGCACAGUUCCCAUCUUCUAAACCCUUGAAAAAUACCUUUAAAAAACAAAAAAAAAAACAAAUUUUUUUGCAAAAUUUACCAAAUUUACAUGAAAAACACCCUGUAUAUCCAACCUAACCUCACAUAAAACCCAAUAAAUAGCAAAUUUCCAUGCUGAAAAUACUUGUGGACACAUUGUACGUUGAUUUCGAACAUUAAUUACGACGUCGUUAGGAUUUUUAUUUUUAUUGCGCGACCUCAUCCAGCGAUCGCGUUUCCUCCGCGCGCCGGCUCCGCCAGUUUAUUACAAUACUUAGCAUGCACUUAAUUUUCGUUUGCCGGCGGGCGCGCUUUAUGAAUCGCAUCGAUCGACGCCGGCCCAAGCCGUGGCACACAACGAUCAUAAUUAAGGUGGUGCGCGGCGCGGUCAGAAGAAAUCGACUAGUCAACCGGUGAAGUGAACGCUGACGCGGCACAAAAAGCGUAAAACUUAAUACGUGUAAUUACGAAUAUUAGUAAUAUUAUAUUACCGCGUUUAGUGUAAUUGCUCUCGACGGGUCGGCCGAUAAUAAUAUUCUGCGUUGGGAAAAAUCCAACGCAUAAACUAAAUUAAUUAAAAUUUAAUGGCGAAAAUUAUGUAAUUAAUA